UAGUGUGUGUGGGUAAUUAGUUAGCCCAGACUUGGAGGUGGGCUUUAUCCUGCCCAGAUUUACGGAAGCGUUUUACAGUGUUGCUAAUCUUAUUAAGAGCAGCCAUGACAGAUGCACAGAUUCAGUCCUAUGCUACCUGCGAGAGCGCCGAUCAGAGAAUCGCUGGCCAUUCAUGUUGUUGGACUACUGCUGCCGGUGCUGUGGGACCACGCUGAUCAAACGCCAUGGCCAACUGCCCAUCAACAGCAAGCUGCAUGACACCUGGGCUGUUCUUCAGAAUCUGUUGAUGUGUAUGGUGUGCUUCUACUCUCUCUACUAUAUUGUGGUCAGUCUCUGCAUCGGCAUUCUCAGGGUGGAAGAGGUGGACAGCUUGUUAGCGCCUUUUGACUACACAACUCAACCGUCAUGGCAAAGUCCCAAAUAUUUAGUGAGCGUGAUCUCCACGGAGGUGACGUAUGUGCUGGGUGGUCUGAUAUUCGCGUGGAUCGUGGAGGAGUGGGUUUGGGACUACGCCAUCACGGUCACACUGCUGCACGUCGCUCUGACCGGAGCAGUUAUGGCUGAUUUUCCCUCGACAGAGCACUGGUGGAUUGCUCUCGGCUCUGGGUUAUUGAUGAUGAUCUUUGGUGGGCAGCUCCUGGCUUACAGACUCUUCAGAAGUAAUUUUGUGCAUCCGGCAGAUCUGCAGAAUUUCUGACCCGCUGUGGAACAUGUACAGGGAUGACUUUUCUCAGUUUUGUAUUUCUUUUUCUUUUUCUUUUUUUUUACAUACUUUUGUUAUUCCUACACACUAUUUUGUUGUGAAACUGUCUGCUCAUGCUGAUAAAUAAUAAUUCCAGUAAACCGUGUUAUUUUGGUGGCCUUUUGUGACAUCCCAUGCUGAAAUCUCAAUGGAUUUUGACUCAGAUGCAAAUAUUAUUGUCAGUGCUUACAUGCAAAUUUACAUUUGCUUCACUUACUGUAUACAGCAAUGUCUUAUAUAUGUUAAAUUAUUAUUUUUGGGUGUUUAAAUCUGAUGCACUCUGUAUUAUUUUGGCCGUCUGAGACAAAUUUUGUGAAUCCUAAAAGAUCCUCCUGACGUAGGCCAAAAUCUGUAGUCUUCGAUUACUAGUUUGACAUAUUCACCGACAGCUGAUUAGUGACUAUUGCAAUUGAAUUUUACCUUCGAUGAAGUUUUGAGCCGCAGUCCUGUAGUGUGACGGCCAUCAAAUCAAGAACCGUU